GAGAUCCUCUCCGCCCCCGUUACCGGUUCCCCCUCUGCGGCCGCCGAACCGGAGCCGGUCUGAGCGGCGCCCUCGCAGCGACUCCCGCCCUUGCAGGGACCUAGGCACUAGCGUGGACACCCACACUUGCUCCUCAAACCUCGGCACCCAGGCCCACGCGGCCCGUUCUCCGCGCUCCAGCGCCUCCGGGGUCCGUGUCCUGUCCCGCCGGCUGGACCUGGGCUCGAGCCCGAGCUGUAGCCGGCGCCAUGUCGGUGGUGGGCAUAGACCUGGGCUUCCAGAGCUGCUAUGUUGCUGUGGCCCGCGCCGGCGGCAUCGAAACUAUCGCCAAUGAAUACAGCGACCGCUGCACGCCGGCUUGCAUUUCUUUUGGUCCUAAGAAUCGUUCAAUUGGAGCAGCUGCUAAAAGCCAGGUAAUUUCCAAUGCAAAGAACACAGUUCAAGGAUUUAAAAGAUUCCAUGGCCGAGCAUUCUCUGAUCCGUUUGUGGAGGGAGAAAAAUCUAACCUUGCAUAUGAUAUUGUGCAGUUGCCCACUGGAUUAACGGGUAUAAAGGUGAAAUACAUGGAGGAAGAGCGAAACUUUACCACAGAGCAAGUGACUGCCAUGCUUUUGUCCAAACUGAAGGAGACGGCAGAAAGUGUUCUUAAGAAACCUGUUGUGGACUGUGUUGUCUCGGUUCCUUGUUUUUACACUGAUGCAGAAAGACGUUCAGUGAUGGAUGCAACACAGAUUGCUGGUCUCAAUUGCCUGCGAUUAAUGAAUGAAACUACUGCAGUUGCUCUUGCAUAUGGAAUCUAUAAGCAAGAUCUUCCUGCCUUAGAAGAGAAACCAAGAAAUGUGGUUUUCAUAGACAUGGGGCAUUCUUCUUACCAAGUUUCUGUGUGUGCAUUUAAUAGAGGAAAACUUAAAGUUUUGGCCACUGCAUUUGACACAACACUGGGAGGCAGAAAAUUUGAUGAGGUGUUAGUAAAUCACUUCUGUGAAGAGUUUGGGAAGAAAUACAAGCUAGACAUAAAGUCAAAAAUCCGUGCAUUAUUACGACUGUCUCAAGAAUGUGAGAAACUCAAGAAGUUGAUGAGUGCAAAUGCUUCAGACCUUCCUUUGAGCAUCGAAUGUUUUAUGAAUGAUGUCGAUGUAUCCGGAAUUAUGAAUAGAGGCAAAUUUCUGGAGAUGUGCGAUGAUCUCUUAGCUAGAGUGGAACCACCACUUCGUAGUGUUUUGGAACAAGCCAAGUUAAAGAAAGAAGAUAUUUAUGCAGUGGAGAUAGUUGGUGGUGCAACACGAAUCCCUGCAGUGAAAGAGAAGAUCAGCAAAUUUUUUGGUAAAGAACUUAGUACAACGUUAAAUGCUGAUGAAGCUGUCACUCGAGGCUGUGCAUUGCAGUGUGCAAUCUUAUCACCUGCUUUCAAAGUCAGAGAAUUUUCAAUCACUGAUGUGUUACCAUAUCCAAUAUCUCUGAGAUGGAAUUCUCCAGCUGAAGAAGGCUCAAGUGACUGUGAAGUCUUUUCAAAAAAUCAUGCUGCUCCUUUCUCUAAAGUACUCACAUUUUAUAGAAAGGAACCAUUCACUCUUGAGGCAUAUUAUAGCUCUCCUCAGGAUGUGCCCUAUCCAGACCCCGCAAUAGCUCAGUUUUUAGUUCAGAAAGUCACUCCUCAGUCUGAUGGCUCCAGUUCAAAAGUGAAAGUCAAGGUCCGAGUAAAUGUCCACGGCAUCUUCAGUGUGUCCAGUGCCUCUCUAGUGGAAGUGCACAAGUUUGAAGAAAAUGAGGAGCCGAUGGAAACAGAUCAGAAUGCAAAGGAGGAAGAGAAGAUGCAAGUGGACCAAGAGGAACCACAUGCUGAAGAGCAGCAGCAGACACCAGAAAAUAAGGCAGAGUCCGAGGAGAUGGAGACCUCUCAAGCUGGAUCAAAAGACAAAAAGGUGGACCAACCACCUCAAGCCAAGAAGGCAAAAGUGAAGACCAGUACCGUUGACCUGCCAAUUGAGAAUCAGCUAUUAUGGCAGAUAGACCGAGAGAUGCUCAACCUGUACAUUGAGAAUGAGGGUAAGAUGAUCAUGCAGGAUAAACUGGAGAAGGAGAGGAAUGAUGCUAAGAACGCAGUAGAGGAAUAUGUGUACGAAAUGAGAGACAAGCUUAGUGGCGAAUAUGAUAAGUUUGUGAGCGAAGAUGAUCGUAACAGUUUUACCUUGAAACUAGAAGAUACUGAAAAUUGGUUAUAUGAGGAUGGAGAAGACCAGCCAAAGCAAGUUUAUGUUGAUAAAUUGGCUGAAUUAAAAAGUCUAGGUCAGCCUAUUAAGAUGCGAUUCCAGGAAUCUGAAGAAAGACCAAAAUUAUUUGAAGAACUAGGGAAACAAAUUCAACAGUAUAUGAAAGUGAUCAGCUCUUUCAAAAACAAGGAGGACCAGUAUGACCAUUUGGAUGCUGCUGACAUGACGAAAGUGGAAAAAAGCACGACUGAGGCCAUGGAGUGGAUGAAUAACAAGCUGAAUCUGCAGAACAAGCAGAGCCUGACCGUGGAGCCGGUUGUCAAGGCAAGAGAUAUAGAAGCUAAAAUUAAGGAGCUGACAAAUAUCUGUAGCCCUAUAAUUUCAAAGCCAAAACCCAAAGUGGAACCUCCAAAAGAGGAGCACAAAAAUGCAGAGCAGAAUGGACCUGUGGAUGGACAAGGAGACAGCCCAGGCCCUCGGGCUGCGGAGCAGGGCGCAGACGCAGCGGUGCCUUCAGAUCCAGACAAGAAGCUUCCUGAAAUGGACAUUGAUUGAUUCCAGCAAUUGUUUAUAUUAAAACAGACUAUUAUAAAGCUUUAAGUUGUCAACUUUGUUCUAAAUAUCAACUAGAGCAAUCAAAUACUGGAGAUUUCUUAGUCAGUUUUUAGGGGUCUUGGGGGUGGGGAUCUAUAGGUAAUGUAUGGAACAUUUUGACUUCUAGAUAGCUAGAUACGGAAAUUAAGUGCAUUGUAUCUUUUUCAUAAUGGUACUAUUUAGAAGCUUAGUCAGCCUUACUGAGCUUACGUUUCACUCCUUUUAUGUUUAAUCAUGCUUAUUAUACAAAGAUAAGUUUGUUUUGGUAAGUUGAGUUAUAGCAAAAGCUGUAACUCGCUAUCAGGCAGACUUUUCGUUAUGACGUGUAUGGCAGGAACUCUAACUGGGCUUCAAAAAUUGGUUGUGGAGAUUGCCACGGACUCCCUGCCUGGUGUGGGGAGGGGGGGGUGCCCCUUAUUUCUGAGGGCUGGAGUGUGGUUCGGCGUGGAUUACAUAGCAGCAUAGAAGAGGUGUGCACUGAGUUGAUCCACACCCUACUUCCUCUCCACUUCCGCCCUCUCCCCACCAUCCCCAGGAAGGAGCCCCCAGUGCAGACGCCAUGUGCUCUCCGGGGAAAAUAGACCCUUCUGCUGGGGCAUGUUGCUGACCAAGGAUUCUAGACCUGGAGGCUCUCGGAGAAAUUAUGUCGCUGAAAGCAUGUUCGCUGAUAGCCUAAGCAUCCAAGUCUAAGUAAUUUUCUCUUUGGAAGGUUAGAAUUGGGUAGAUGUGUUGUCAGAUGUAGGGAUGGUAAAUUUAAUCGAGGACUUGAUUUCUUGUUUAUUAUGGUGCAAAGAUUUGUAUCCCGGCCUGCUUAUUCAGGUGAGAGAUGUGUAAAUUUGAGGUAUAGCUUCAAGUCUUAGGACAAAUAGUUAAACAUUCUUUGUAGCUCAUUCACAGUCACUUGUGUGUUAAGUGUUAAUAUCUGUCAUGAACCGGCCAAUUUGUAUGUGAUAAACAAGUGACAGAUCAUACAAAAAAUUUAAGAGACUGGAUUGUACUGGAUGAGUCUGAAAUUAGUGUUACAGACGGGUGGUGCCUGACUUCAGCAACACCUCAUUUCUGACUGUGCAGACGGCAUCGGGAGCUGCAGAGCAUUCCCUGUGACUGUCCUUUGGGGUGGUGUCGAUAGGAAUGAGGCAUUUUGGAAACCCCAAGGGAAGCUGUGUCAGAGGGCAGAGCUGGUACCCGCCUUAGAAACUCACAAGCUUUGUUGGUUACAUUUUGGAUCUUCAUAGAAAUCCUUCCUCUGUAUAACAGAGUGCCUCUGUUCAUGUUGGCUUAUGUUAGAAAUGAGAUUACACUUUGCAUAUUUACAGUAAGUCUUUGUCCAUAUCUUCACUAAAAAUUUUUAGUGUUGGGAGCUAUAAAGUGCUACAGAGAAACUGCUUAGAGAGAGCGACGGUGGAAGUGUAUUUAUGUUGGUGUGGGAGCUUCAGGCAAGCCAGGAUGUGGCCCUACUCUUCGAGCACCUCUAUCCACUCUCUGCCUGUCCUGCUUCAAGAGUGCCAGCUGGCCUGCUGGGAGGGCAAUGGCUACUUCGCAGUGUUGGCUGCAGGAUGAAGCAAAUUCUUAUGCAACUGACUCAGUCCUUAAUGGCCAUUUCUUCUAAAACAACUUUUGUGUGUGGGGGGGAGGGUAUGGGUGAUGGGAUGGGGGUGAAUUUGAAGUUUAAACUAGAAGUAAAAUGAUGUGGUCUACUUGCUCUCUGUUUAUUCAGGCUUAAGACCAAUUGGAUGUACAUAGACACCCCAGAGAGAGUGUGAUAAUGACUUGUGUGCAAACAAGUAUGUAUCCAGGUUGCGUUAUCCGAAUUGGUUUGUUAAAGCUCCAGGCCACAUUCUUACACUAAAAAACAUUCAGUAAACAUGAGACAAGUUUAGGAAAAAUUAAUAAAAGAAACCUGUCUUAAA